AUGACCACUCCAAACGGUGUAUUUUCGCUCAAAGCAAUCGCGAACGGAUCCAACACGAAUCUCGUCGUGGUUGGACAGGCACCACAAAUGCCUGGAAGUCUGGUCAUCCUAGAUGGGACGACUCAGGAAGCCUCUCUCAGCUUUGUCAAUGUCGAUGGCGAAAAGUACGGUUGGGUUGUUGGCGACGCUGGCCAUGUAUCCGGCGUGGCCAUUGGUGUUGGCGCGGAGAAGAACUAUAAAGAUUCCAGCUUCAUAAUUACUGAUGGUGGUUCCAUAUACCAUCAGCUCACCGCUGCGACUAAUAUGUGGCUUGCUUGCGACCGCACGGUUAAUGGUGAACAACACAAGAUCCUUGCGUGGGGAAACCAGGGUAGCGAUGGCAGGUUUCCUGACGGUUGUAGCUUUGCCAGUGUCAAGCAGAGCUGUGCUGAYGACAUGGCGCCUACUGAUAGCGCAUAA